AUGGAAACAGUGAAAAAUGCACCUGAGGUGCCUGCGGGGCUGUGGGUGUUGAUCUGCCGCUGCCUAUACAGAGAGGAGUUUCUCCAGCUGAUUCGAACGUACAUUCAAGACAUCUACUACGUCGGUUGCUACUACCCAGACUUCUCUGAUCGAAUGGCGUCGUGCAAGCGGCAGCUGAUUGAUAUGGGAAGAAAAGAAGAAGACUUUGAGGUGUCUGUCAAGUGCCCCCUUUCGAAAGACAGCGAUAAGAGGAAAAUAAUAUUUGCGACCGAUUUGCCGGAAGAUUCUUUCUUUUGCCGCCAGGAAGCAUUUUCUCCGUGUUGCGGAGAGGUCGCUCUAGACACCGAAAGUUCUGUUGAGGCGUUUCUUCCACUUGCUGUUCAAUAUACGAACGACAAAGUGCACGGCGGUCUUUCUGUCAGCAUUUCUGUGAAACCCGCUUCGUCUGCAGAGGAGAAGAUUGGAAAUUGCUUUGGCCUUAAAAGGCCCAUCAAAUCCGUCAUCCGCGCCCCUUCCCUCAACUUUACCCACAUGAUUCUGGCAGCGCCUAACAGUUCAAACGCAGCGAAGAUGGCGAAGUUGUGGCGGCGAAUUGCGUAUGCGACAUUUCAACGAAGAAGUACUCAGGGAUGGCUCAGCUUUGCCGGCAGUCUCACCAAAAUCGCCUCCGCCUUUGCAGCAAAUCUGUAA